GUACUUUCCCACAGGACCAUGAACGCUUCAUCACAUUUAUCUCGCGAGAGCAGACUUCCCCUGACAACAUUGUACGUGGCUUCACAGCUGAGGACUUGGAGCGAUCACGGGGAUGUUUCAGUUGAAUAUGCACAGACUGACAACAUCUGGAUGCUAUGAACUCUCCUCAUUGACUUAAACACGGCGGCUACUUUCGUCAAAUCUUUUUAUCCACGUUCUCUCGGGAGUGACGAGAGCUUCACGGACUGCAGGAUCCGCCGGGUGCUGAAGUCUCCCCCCCUUUUCCGUAGAUCAUCCAUAUCCAUAUGUGAUAUGGCGGAGAUCGGGUCGUCGGUUGAAAUCUCCGGCUCUCUGGCGAGCUCGACCCUUCCUCCGCCGAGGACCCGCAUCUUUAAGAUCAUCGUGAUCGGGGACUCGGGUGUCGGGAAGACCUGCCUCACAUACCGCUUCUGCGCCGGGAAGUUCCCCGAGAAGACCGAGGCCACGAUCGGGGUGGACUUCAGGGAGAGGCUGGUGGAGAUCGACGGGGAGAAAAUCAAGAUCCAGCUGUGGGACACUGCAGGUCAGGAGCGCUUCAGGAAGUCCAUGGUGCAGCACUACUACCGCAACGUGCACGCUGUCGUCUUCGUCUACGACGUCACCAACGCCGCGAGCUUCCGCAGCCUCCCGGCCUGGAUCGAGGAGUGCAAGCAGCAUGCUCUGGGCACGGAGGUACCCAGGAUCCUUGUAGGAAACAAGUGCGACCUCCAAGACUCGAUCCAGGUGGGCACGGAUGUGGCGCAGCAGUUCGCUGACGCCCACUCCAUGCCCGUGUUUGAGACGUCUGCAAAGAACCCAAACAGCCAGGGAGACGGUGGGAACUGUGGCGGGGCAAACAGCGACCACGUGGAGGCUAUUUUUAUGACCGUGGCUCACAAGCUGAAGUCUCAGAAGCCUCUGGUGCUGAGCCAGCCGCCCGAGGGGUCAGGGGUGACCGUGAACCUCAACAGGGGGACGGACGACGGGGGAGGCGGGGCCAGGAGCUGGGGCUGCAGCAGCUGCUGAGGGCGAACAAAUGGAGGGAGAGAGAGAGAGGAUGAAAUCUUAAGAGUGCACACGACUGAAGAGACUGCAGACGGAUAGAGGAAGGUUGUACGCUUCAGAAACAGCACUACACGUAGAUAAAUGUCACUGUCAGUAGACGAUACAGUCUUUUAAAUGCUUGUGCUUCACGAUAUCUAAACGAUUCUGGGCUACUAAUCACAGAAUCAUUGUUGUCUGGGAGUUCCAAAGUCCUUUGUUGCUUUGUGGAAAUCAUCCUGAACAAGGAGCCAAAAACUCUGAUUGUAAAUACGUUCUCUCCGGUGCCAUUUGAGGUUUAUUAUUAACUUCUUUUCAUUCGUUCUUUGGCAUCAGAAAACAUUCAGAUAAAGUGGUGGUGAUGAAUACGGGAAAGGGAAAUCAAUGUGAAUGAGAGUUUGAUUUCCUCAAACAGACGAGUAGUGAAAGGACGAGAAAACACAACACUUUUCUAAUUGAACACUGUACGCCAUCUUGUUUGUGUUGAGCCUGUUGGAGAGAUUUUACUUGAGUCACUCAAGCCAAAAGUUGAGGCAAUCAUUUCAUUGAAAGGUGUCAAUGUUGAGUUGUUUGGGUUCAAAGUUCAUCGGUGAUCAAAUGGCCACGUGGUGGUUCUUAAGCCGAACAUAUCAGUUCAAUAAAACAUCGGCAUUGGCAAUAUUUUACUACCUGCGUUGCACAACUCACGAUUGCUAUCUUGCAGUCUUCCUGCCUUCUGCAAUGCUCUGCUGAAUUCAUCAUUUGUGUCCAAUCCAUGAACAACAGUCAAACAGUCGGGUAGUGUCGACAAAAAUGUGAAUUGCUUCAGCACCAUGCACAUGCCAUCGGAGCAUUAAUGUGUAAGCAAUUAAGAUCGUCUCAUAAAGUCCAAAGAUCCACAGUGUUCGUUUAAGACUGGAAACCUUUUAUUCUGAAAAAUAAAUGUUCAUUCAGUGUGGAGGAAAGACUUCUCAUGUGAGUUUUUUCUGUUCGAAGCAAAAACAUAUCCAGAUCUCUAAAAUCCUGCAAUGAUUUAAAAAAAGAAAAAGAAAAAAAAGAAAAGAGGCUUGUGGUUCAAAUCUUACGUUUACACGGGAUGCAGAAAGGCUCCCAUCAGUGUCAUCCAUUAUCUGUGUCGAAAUAGUGCCAACAGUGCGUCUCUGGCCGUCGUCGCAUAUCACCUUCCCCAUAUGUUAAAUAAAUGUGAUUAACCUGAAUUAGGCCGGAUAGAAAGUUUCUGAAGCAGAGGGAAACCUGAUGUUUCAGCCACAGUGAAUGAGCUGUUUCAGGUUUGUUUUCUUCAGGAGAUAGUGGAGGUUAAAAGUGUCUAAACAGGACAUGAAGGGAAUAAAAAAUUGUUAUGCAUUAUUGUUAAUUUAUCAAAGGCAAAGUGUACUUAAUAAAUGCCUCUGUCAAGUGAACUGGUUUGAUAAAAGUUAAUAGAAUUUUGCUUGAUAACUUUUUUUUAAAGAUUCAUUUUUGGGGCCUUUUGUGCCUUUAUUUGAGAGAUACGACGAGUGAUAGAGCCGCAAAUCAGGGAGAGAGAGUGAGGAAUGACAUGCUGGUCAGAUUUGAAGCUGGGCCGCCCGCUUGGAAGACUACAGCUCCCAUUAUUGAAAACUGUUUUUUGACAGUAAGCAAGCUAAACUGCAACCCCCCAAAUAUCCGGUAUGGAGAAGACAGAUAGUUUCUGAGCUGUAUUUAACCUGCGCUAUCCCUGCUAACUAGCGUGUUAGCGAGUAGCUCAGUUAACCAGCAAGUGAAUGUUUCAUUAACAGUUUGUACUGCUUCUUCCAUAUUUAACUGCAGAGACACUAUGGGAGGCAAUGGCUUUGUAUUUAUGUCUGUUUAUUAACACACAGCAAAAGAGCGGACAUUAACACAGGAAAAUGUUUAUUCUUCUGCUCUUUGGAGGACGUUGGGUGCAUCAUGAUGAAUAUGUGUGAAUUUGAUGACAAAGGAUAAAAAGGGAAACAGUUUGGUAUUUGGAAAUGGAUUCAAGACAAAUUUGUCUGUGUGUUUGUUUUUUUUCUUCUCCGCUAAAAAGCAUAAAAAAAACUGUGUUGGCUGGCCUCUGAAUCAAACAGUGAAAACAUACCUCUCAUAUUGUGUUCAUGGACUCCUAUUAUCCACUACAUUUCCUUGAUGUUUGCUUAUGAUACUCAGCACGUCUCACAAACACUUUUGUAUGCUGAAACGAACAGUGUCUUUAUAAUCCAUGUUUCACUCUAUGGCUGGUGUCUGUGGGAGCAACGUGGUGAUCAGAAUUCAAAUGAAAAAGCUCAUUUGAAAAUGAAAACGCAUUAACAGAAAUGUUUUUUAUUUUCAGAAUAUGGGUGCCUUAUUUGACUCACAAAUAAAAUUCAUAUUUAAUCAUCCAA